GAGGCGGUCCUAGGCCUAGGUCUCAUCACGACUGCGCAGACGGGAUCCCGAAUGAAUAUGGCGACUUGUGCCGACAUCCUGCGGAGCGAGUUCCCAGAAAUUGACGGGCAGGUCUUCGACUACGUGACCGGCGUCUUGCACAGCGGCAGCGCGGACUUUGAGUCUGUGGACGACCUGGUGGAAGCUGUCGGCGAACUAUUGCAAGAAGUGUCCGGGGACAGCAAGGAUGACGCGGGCAUCAGGGCUGUCUGUCAGCGCAUGUACAACACUCUACGCCUGGCUGAGCCACAGAACCAGGGAAACAGCCAGGUGCUACUGGACGCCCCCAUCCAGUUGUCAAAGAUAAUGGAAAACUACGACUGUGACACCAAACUUCCAGGACUGCUAAAGAGGGAACAGUCCUCGACAGUGAAUGCGAAGAAACUCGAGAAGGCUGAAGCUCGACUGAAGGCAAAGCAGGAAAAGCGUUCAGAGAAGGAAACUCUGAAGACCAGCAGCCCUCUUGUCUUGGAGGAGGCAUCCGCUAGCCAGGCAGGCAGCAGAAAAGAGAGUCGGAUGGAAUCAUCUGGCAAGAACAAGUCCUAUGAUGUGCGAAUUGAGAACUUCGAUGUGUCCUUUGGGGAUAGGGUACUGCUGACUGGAGCAGAUGUGAACUUGGCAUGGGGCCGACGCUAUGGGCUGGUGGGACGCAAUGGUCUGGGGAAGACGACAUUGCUAAAGAUGCUGGCCACUCGGAGCCUGAGGGUUCCAGCCCAUAUUUCCCUCCUGCAUGUGGAACAGGAAGUUGCUGGAGAUGACACCCCUGCCCUGCAGAGUGUUCUGGAAAGUGACACCGUACGGGAAGACCUGCUACGGCAGGAACGGGAGCUCAGUGUCAAGAUUGCUGCUGGCAGGGCAGAGGGCUCAGAAGCUGCACAGUUGGCAGAAAUCUAUUCCAAACUGGAGGAGAUUGAGGCCGAUAAGGCACCUGCCAGAGCAUCGGUCAUUCUCGCAGGACUUGGUUUCACCCCUAAAAUGCAACAACAGCCUACCAGGGAGUUCUCAGGUGGCUGGAGGAUGAGAUUGGCCUUAGCCCGGGCUCUGUUUGCCAGGCCAGAUCUCCUGCUGUUAGACGAACCCACAAACAUGCUGGAUGUAAGGGCCAUCCUGUGGUUGGAGAAUUACCUGCAGACGUGGCCCUCCACAAUCCUAGUCGUCUCUCAUGACCGCAACUUCCUGAAUGCCAUUGCCACAGACAUCAUCCACCUGCACAGCCAACGACUAGACGGUUACCGGGGGGACUUUGAAACCUUUAUCAAGAGCAAGCAGGAGCGGCUACUCAAUCAGCAGCGCGAGUAUGAGGCCCAGCAGCAGUACCGCCAACACAUCCAGGUCUUCAUAGACCGUUUUCGGUACAAUGCCAACAGAGCGUCUCAAGUGCAGAGUAAACUCAAGAUGCUGGAGAAGCUACCUGAGCUAAAGCCGGUGGACAAGGAGUCAGAGGUGGUGAUGAAGUUCCCUGAUGGCUUCGAGAAGUUCUCACCACCAAUUCUGCAGCUAGAUGAGGUGGAUUUCUACUAUGACCCUAAACACGUCAUCUUCAGUCGCCUGUCUGUCUCUGCUGACCUUGAGUCUCGCAUCUGCGUGGUUGGAGAGAAUGGGGCUGGGAAGUCUACUAUGCUGAAGCUGCUCAUGGGGGACCUGACUCCUGUUCGAGGUAUCAGGCAUGCCCACAGGAAUCUGAAGAUAGGCUAUUUCAGCCAGCACCACGUGGAACAGCUAGACCUGAACGUCAGCGCUGUGGAACUCCUAGCUCGAAAGUUCCCUGGGCGACCCGAAGAGGAAUAUCGACACCAGUUGGGCCGGUAUGGCAUCUCUGGGGAUCUGGCCAUGCGCCCUGUUGCAAGUUUAUCUGGGGGCCAGAAGAGCCGGGUAGCCUUUGCUCAGAUGACCAUGCCUUGCCCCAACUUCUACAUUCUGGAUGAGCCCACAAACCACCUGGACAUGGAGACAAUUGAGGCUUUGGGCCAUGCUCUCAACAACUUCAGGGGUGGCGUGAUUCUGGUAUCCCAUGAUGAGCGCUUCAUCCGGCUGGUGUGCCAGGAGCUGUGGGUGUGUGAGAAAGGCAGUGUGACCCGGGUUGAGGGAGGAUUUGACCAGUACCGUGCCCUCCUCCAAGAACAGUUCCGCCGGGAGGGCUUCCUCUAGAGCCCCCGACUGUGCCUAGGACAUGGACUGGUCUCAUGAGACCCCUGAGCUACCGUAUAGGCAACCAACUCCAGAGUUGGGACUUUUCCUAUUUGGGGACAGCCUUAUUUCCCAGAUUUCUUUUCCUUUCAACUGGAGCAUCCUCUGCACAAUGUGGGGAGGCCUAUCGAAGGGCUGGUGGAGACAGCUCUGAUGGAAAAGGGUAGGGGUGCCAUCUGGGGUUAUAAGUACCCGAAUGCCCAGCUUGACAGGGCCCCACGUGGCUGCUAUGUAAAUUAAAUAUCCUCCUGUAUCUCUCUGCUCCUUCAUGGGCAGAACUUGCCAUGGUUUUCUGCUGUAGGUUCUGGGCUCUCUGACUGGUGUUUUCCUAGGAUAUGAAUGUCAUGCACACAGCAACGGCAGUGCCGGCCUUCCUCUUGUUGGGAGAUGGCAUCUGUCUGGCCUGUGGGUGGGCUCGGGCUGGAGGAAUGGAAAGCAGGGUUCUGGGGUUACUGGUACUUACACCCUAGCCUAGAUGUGGCCUCAGCUGAAAGCAUCUUGGGCUCAGCUGUCUCAACCCCUGCUGCUUGGGAUUUGAACUGAUUCUGGUAUCUGGCCUCAUACCUGGCUCACCAUCUGCUUUCUCCAGGGACUCUGACCGAGCCUCCAGUUUCUCUAAUCUGAACCUUCAGGCUCAAGAGAAACUAUUGUUGUUCCCAGUUUACAUUAGCAAUCUGACAUUCUGGUUUUUUUUCUCUAAUCAUGCAGAAGCAGCCUGGGAAGUAGGGAAUUAUCUAACUGAAAGAAAUAGGACACUUCAACACUUUAUUCUUUUCAAAUAAAGCAGACUUCUAAGAGGGGAAGACAUGCUGUCGCAUGGGCUUAUAGUCCCAGGCACCCCAAAGGCUGAAGCCAAAGGCUCAUUUGGGUCCAUUUAAGAGACCAGCCUGACCCGGGAGACCCAUCCCUUUAUGAAAGAGGGAGGAGAGGUGUUAACAAGAGUCUGGCUUGUUAAGUUCUCAAGGACUUAGCUGCUGCAGUUAAUCAGUAUGUAGAAGACGUUAAAAUGGAGUCAACAGAGGGACUUCCUUAGCCUACUGGAAAUAGUAGUCAUGAGUUUUCAACCCAAGAGUCUUCAAGUUGUGUUGAAUGUUGUGGUCUAGGUAAUUUGGGAAGAGAACCUGUGGGGCAAGGGAGAAUGUGAGGUAGCCUUGGAUUGUGAGAAAGUUCCUCACAAGAAACGCUAAAGCAAGGAAAGAUUUAUUUUGCCUCGUGAUUUUAGAGGCUUUGGCCCAAGGGUGCUUGACUGUGUUACUCAUGUGCCUGCAUGGCGUGGGACAGAACACAGUGUGGGGUGUGUGCCGAGGCAGUAGCUCAGAGUGUCACUCUCGCACUUCCUGGAGUGGGUUCCCAAGGACUCAGUCCCUUCAGCUAGAUCCUCCCUGCUACAAGUGCGCAUGAUCCUGGAAGCCACAGCUCUGGAUGUUACACACUGGGGCAGACACAAGCUUCAACACACAAGCCUUUGCAUGAUUCCCAGAUCCAGAAGACUCUAGUGACCGCAGAGCUGGUGCUGGUGGGCUAGUAAGACCUGUCCACCCCUCAGACAUCCCUGUGUACGGCUGCAUGUACCUCGGCAGUGAUGGAGGCUUUUCCAUCUCGAAACCCACAGAGAAGUGUAUUGAAGAACCAUAGGCCCUAUGUCUUGUCAGUCUUCCAUGCUCAGCCCCUGAGUCCCUCUGACUUUGUAAGCCCCUUAGGAGUCAUGCAGAUGCUUAUGGUCCCUGGAAGAGCUUGGAGCACCGAGAACAUCGGAAUUCAGGGUGGUGUGAGGACAGACCCAGCACUUCUGCUGUCAGUGGAAGGGCUCACAGAAGAGUAAAGCAGACCACCUGAGCCCGGGUUCUUUGUGGCACUGUUAAGGGACUAGCCACCACACAGUAUAAAAGCAUGCAGGAUGGGUUUGGUUUGCUGGGUGCCCACAAUGACUAGAAGGAUUGCAAAAAGAAGACUUUCUUUAGCUAAUCAUGGACCUUAAAAAGAGUACAGGCACCCAGGCUGUCUUCAGUGUGCUGGAGCCUAUGGGAAGGAGGCGGCACUAGGUGGUGACUAGAAUUCCAUGAACUGUGAAGAGCCCACCCAUGCUGCAGGAAUUCUGGAGAUGAAAUGCCAGUGACUGAAAGUUAGUGAUCCAGAGGCAUGGAAAGAUUGGUGGCAGCCAGCCCUAUUUUAGAAAACGCGGUGGAAAGCAGCCCUGCACUGGAAGGCAUUCUGUGCAGCAACCACCCGCUGCACUCACUGACUGAUACCAGCUAGGGGCGGGGCAGUCCUGUAACUGCUUAACCUGGAGCUGUUCUGCCUACAUCUGGCCUUUGUGCUGACCAGGAGCUGGUCAGUGAAGGAUCUUAAACUCACUGAAAUCAUGGACUGCUUGCCUCUCUUGGCCUGGCCAUCCUCACCAGCAUCACUUGGGUAACUUGGCUGGUUCCCAGCACAGUUCUCACAAGGCAAGGCACUUCGGCCAGUCCACAAGCUGCUCACUCCCAUAUGCUGUUACAAUCUUGAGGUCUAGUAGACAUUUUGUUGAGUUCUGCCUGAGCCUAUCUCUCCAUUGGGCUUGAGCAUGCAGAGUGGGUGCCAAAGCCUGUAGGAGAUGCUGGCAGAGUGGACCAAGGCUGGGAAAGAAUC